AUGGAAGGAAUUCACUUUUAUUCUUUGCCAGAAGCACUUUUUUCAUACUUAAGUGUGAGUGUGAUGCAUAUUACAACGGGAGUCGCGAAUGUUUUUACAAUUGAGGUAAAAUCACAACCGACUAAAACUGAUGUUUUUAUUAUUCAAUUUCCAACAAUUAAUCGAGACAGUUCAAUCGAACUCUUUGCGAAUGACUUAGGUACAGGAAUCAGUAAUGGCGAUGAGAUUGGCUGUGCUGGUGGGUCGACGGACACGAAAUGCUAUCUGCAUUAUGGAGAUAAAGAUCUAAAUCAUCCUGCAGAAAUCCAUAUUGUAAACCUUGUUUCUACGGAUCAAAGCACCGAGAUAAUUUAUACUUUAAUAAUACCAGGGAUUGUCAAUCCAGCUCUUACCGAUUCCUCUGGUGAUUAUGAUAAAGGAAUUGUUGAUAUAAGAGUUGUGAGGAUGUCACAAAACUUUAAAAUCCUAGGAGAAAGGACUGCCAAAAAUGUAUUCGCUGCAUCAGGAAAGGCUCCAGAUUCAACCUCAUUAACUUCAUCAGGUAUAUCAUUUUCUUUCUCCUACGGUGCACAAAAUCUUUUCACUUUUUCAGGUAUCCCCACAAACACAGAUUUUAUGCUAAUAAAAUUUGGGUUAGAUGGUUUCGAUUACUCAAAUAUUAUUGCCAAUGCUCCUAAUACAUUAAUAAAAUUUACUAAAGGCCCUUGAAUAUUCAUCACUCUAUCAUCAUCAGGAGGCAACUCACCUUUUAAAGCUCCAGGUCCAAUCCAUUCCAAAAUUGGUGGGUCAAAUAGCUUUUUAAUGAUUUUGGCAAAGAAUAGGAUAUGCACAAAUAAGUAUGAAUUAUCGGCUAAAAUUAUUAGCGAUGAUGAAAUUAACACUGGUGCUUUAAGUUAUACACCUGAAACUUUAAGCAGUUUCGAUCCAAUAUAUUGCUCUGGCAUUCAAAGCUAUAGGAGUUGAUCUUUUUCAUUCGGAUCAGGAACAGAUAGUGCAUGAAAUGCCCUUGGAAGCGCAACUAUCAAAUUUUAUGUUGCAGAUGGCAAUAAUGGAAAAUAUAGUGGGCUUGAUGGGUCAUUUCUUGUAUUCGGGACUAAUUCUGUUGAAAAAAAUGUAGUUUGGAGAAUUGAUCAAGGAAUUGCAUAUAUUUUUGGAGUGACCUUAAUCUACCCUUUCUCUAUUAAAUUGCUUAUUACAAACCCAGUAUCAAAUGCUGACGUGAUGAUAGAGGUAAGGACACCCCCCCUCAUUUGUCGAAUUUUCUAGUCUUUUUUUAUAAGAAUUUUUUUUUUCAGGACCUCAUUUGUCCCAAAAUCUAGUCAAAAAUGAUUUGUCCAAUUUUCUAGUCUUUUUUGGAUUUUUUUCGAAUGCCCUAAAUUCUAGUUUUUUACUUUAAAAAAACUAGAAAAUGAGACAAUUGAGGUCCUGAAAAUUUUUUUUCUCUAUCAAAAUUUGACUAGAAAAUUGGACAAAUGAGGUCCUAAAACAAUUUUUUUUUUCCUAUAAAAAAACUAGAAAAAUGGACAAAUGAUAAAAGACUAGAAAAUCGGACAAAUGAGGGGGGGUCCUUAUAUCAAGAUACUGAAUGCAAGAAUUUGUUCACAAAGAAGGCAUGGGAAGAUCCUUUAGAUGCAAGAUGUGGAAGCACUUAUCAUACUCUAUCUUCACCACCACAACCGAAAUUAAAUAAUGGAUCUGCAGGAACUAUAGCGCUUUCCCGAGGAUGGUGCGGAAUGGCGCCAUCCUCGGGAAAGUCAACUAAGCAUCCACACGGGAACUGGGAGUUCCACGUGUGGAUGCCAUUUUUGACAUGUGGGAUCCAAACUUCCACAUGUCAAAAUGGCAUCCACACGUGGAACUCCCAGUUCCCGUGUGGAUGCCUUCCUGGCUUUCCCGAGGAUGGCGCCAUUCCGCGCCAUCCUCGGGAAAGCGCUAUACCAGUUCCAGUUCAACAUAUUUGAAUAUCGUUUUUACCCCUUCUUACUCAAUGAAUAAAAUCACAGUUUGAACAGAUAUUUUUGCAAUCCCUUCAUCAGGGUAUAAAUCUACCUGCACAUCAUCAACAGUUCAGCAAGGAGGACAGAAUUUAUAUAAUAAUUCACCUGAUUGAGAUGGAUCUCCUGCCAAAAUUGACCUUGCCUUUUCAUACUCUAUUUGAGCUAGCACUUCCCAACAACUAACAGUAAAUGUCUAUCUGCCUUGCUCUGCAGCGAUCAGUUAUAAAGGAUAUGGCUAUAUCAGUAUUUUAACUUAUAAUGACGGCGAUAUUAAGGAAGGCUAUUCAUGGCCAGUUAGUUUUCCUAGUAGCAUAGGUUCAUGCUCAAUAAAUAAUAAUUAUUUAUAUGCAGGAAAGCCUAAUGUCCUGGACGUGAGCUUUAAUACAGGGGAGUUCGGAGUAGGAAAUCCUGAUUACUCAACUCUAGCUGGCGCUGGUAACACUUUGGGUCUUGCUAUAGAAGUAUCUUUCGAUAGCACGGAUUCUGCAUUAGGUCUUAAUUUGAAUACCGGAGAUUCACUGCCUUUCAAUUUUCAGAGCUCUUCUUCUUCUACUAAUUAUCCAAACUCAGAUUGAAACUGCUCACUUCGAAAAGGAAGCUCUUCUUCUCUUCAAGGAACCAUUUCGUGCUUAUUCAUGGAGACUCCUAAUGGCUCAGAGAAUAUGCAUGCAUAUUUUCCAAUGGUAAAAUUUCCUGCUAGUGGAGACUCUGAAAUAAAAGUUAAUUUCAUACUUUAUGGAAUCAAUAAAUUAUACUACAAGUUCUAUUCUAACAAAAUUAGCACUAUUGACGCAAGUAGCUCAUCUAAUGUAAAUGUUAAUUAUUCACCUGAAUUCUCUAAUGCAGGUGCCAUACCUAUAUGAACAUUUACAUUGAACGGACUCUCAUUUAUUAAUGGUGACUAUGUUUUGAUGAGGUUCGAAGGUUUAGAUAGCUCUUCAGCACCAACAACAUCUGAUGGAACUCUUGACAAUAUUAUAUCAUUUUCUAGCAAGCCAUGUCCCUGCAUUUAUGGUAAGUUCCUUGUGAAUUCAUCAUCAUCAACCUUAAAGCUGAAAAUAAGCAAUCCUUGAAUUAGUGGCGAUUAUACAUAUUAUGGCUAUGUCUAUUCAUCUUCAAAUGGCUUUCAACCAUUCUCUGGCACUUCUACUUUUGCGGCUAAUCAACCAGACUAUUCAAUAACAAAUAAAAACCCCCAUACAGCCAUCUGAACUCAGGAAGAUACUCAGCUUUAUAUAUCUGGGGCUUUUGACCAGGAACUCUCAAAUCUGGGGGCUCUCAUAGUUUCAUUUAAUUCAGCCACUUUAACUAUCAGCAAUUCAAAAUCAUAUGUUCUCAUAAAUGACCAAAGAGAGUAUGGAAUAAUAAUGAAUCAAGCAGAGGCAUCAGGAAAAGUAUACUUGAACUUUACAAAUUUUGAUAUAAAAAAAUCUUCUAGCCCUUUUGCUCUAUAUUUAUACGUCACAAUGCUAUCAAAUAGUGAUAACUCAGUUCAUGUUAGUGCAUUUUAUUCAGUACCUACUUCAUUUUCAGAUACAAAUAUGUAUAGUGAUGAACAAAUUUCAAUGAAUAUAGAAAAUAGCAACAUUAAAUAUAUUUCAUCUAAAGAUUUGCGCUUUCCAGCUUCUUUCGAAGCUCCAGCCAAAAUUGCUGUUAUUAACGAAGUUUCUCCCAUUACUUUUCAGAUAAGACCGUUAGAAGAUAUAGAUGCGGGAAAUGGCAUAAUUCGCCUUGCUUUUGAUCCAAACAUUAUCACCAGUGAUUCAUCAACAUAUUGGGCCACCUUUCAAGAUGUAUCAGCAGUUGAUAUAUAUUCUGCCGCAAGGGUCUUAGUUUCUACAACUAGCCCUAUAACAAUAGAUAUAUAUGCUCCUCUCAGCCUGAAAUUAGAUGCGUCAAAAAAAUAUAAAGUUUCAUUUGGAACUUAUGGCACAAAUAUUGGGUUUAAAAUUGAUUCUGAUACUAUCAAAGCGAGCUUAGAUAUCUUCAAGUCUGGUUCAACUACAUCAUCAAGUGACUAUACGGCAAAAUUAGUUCCUUUACAAAUUUACUCUCCAUUUACCAAGCUAUACGGGAAUUCAUAUGUUUCGGACAAAACUAAAUCUACAUUCAUUGAAAUUAACUUUCAGGUAGAUGCUGACAUAACUAAGCCUAGUGAAAUUCUAGUUGGAUUUCCCCUUUUUGAUGCCGCCUCAAACUCUCUAUUCAGUUCAACAACCUCAAGUAACGCAAACGGAAACUGUUAUCUGGCUUACACAUCUGAGGGAAGUCUAAAAAGUGAACAAAUUUGCACUUUCUUGAACCAUAAUGAGCAAGAUUAUACCCUGCCGAAAAUCUUAUAUUUGAAAGUAUUUGUUAAUAAUAAAAUUGAUGCAGGCAGUCUAGCAACUUUAUGAAUUUCAAAUAUUGUAAAUCCUUCGGAUACAUACUCUACAGAUAUUUUUGUUUAUGCUUUGGGAGCAAAUAAAAAAUAUGGCUUAGCUCUCAAAAAUUUUUUCACAAUAAAAUCCAACUCAAACACUCUAUUAACUUAUCAAAAAAGCAACCCUAGCACUCAAAAAGUGUUUACUGAAUUUAAUUUGAUUUUUAGUCCUUCUCAAAAUAUUGAAUCAAAGACUGACGCUUUUAUAUUCAUUUUUAGUCCUACAGAUUUCUCAUUAUCUUCGUCAAGCAAAGCAUCUGUAAGCAAUUCUGCAUCUCCAGCAGAUACAGGAAUAUGCAAAAUGAUUCCAAGCAGUGGGUGAAUGCUUUAUAUCCCUCAGCAGCAGAUAAUUGGGUCGUCUACACCUGAAACUACUUUUGAAUUUAAAAAUGUUUUUUAUAGCUACACUACGACAAAAUAUAUAGAAGGCUAUGCAAUUUCAAACGGGAUGCUCCUUGAACAAUACACAUUUAAUUCUGACACUAUUCAAAUCAGUUCUGGUGGUAUCGAUGAUAAUUCAAGUACUGAUCCAUACUCAUUCUGGGAAAUAACUUUCAGUUAUACAAUUCCAAAUGCUAUCCCAAGCCAAGGAAGUACAAGUAUUUUAUUUCCCACAGGGAUUACUUCAACGACUACUAAUCCAUCUUCAAUAGCUUGCAGAAUGACAGCUACUGGCUGCGGAACUUCAUUUAAUGGAAAUCUUCUAAAAUGUGAACCAACAGACUCGAAUCAGAGGUGGCUUAUAAGUGGAUUUGGAGGUUGUAAUGCAGAUAGUACACUAACUGUUAAAGGAAUGGUAACUAUUUCAUCUUUAAUAUCAGGCCAAUAUAUAAUAAGCACGCAUAAAGAUUCUGCAGGCUCACAGACUAUAGAUCAAUGUUCAGGUGGUCCCCAAUCGCAGAACUCCCAGUAUAAUAUAUUAUCUGCAGAUGAUUUAUUUAGCAACUAUUAUGUUAUGAAAUCAUCUUUGACUCCUAUACGAGGUUCUGAGGGACAAUUAACGCUAAUUUUUAAAUUAGCUGCAUCUCCAUUAUCUACAGACAAUAUAUCGAUAACUGUUCCUUCUACUGGCAGUUCUUAUCCUUUUUCUUAUACCCCAUCAACAGGCAGAGCAGUCUGCAAGUUCAUUGAUUCUAAUGGUAUCGAGUAUAGCUCUCAGAAAUGCUCUUUCGACUCAACUUCCAAGAAGUGGACUAUAGCUAUGCCAUCACUAAAGACAAUAGAAAAUAAUCUUAAGUGAAUAUUACGCAUUUUCACUACUGGAGAGGUAAAAAAUGGUAUAGCUUUCCCUUCAUCAGGAAAGCCAUAUAUAAUUGUAUCUCUUUAUGAUUCAGCUGGCACAGCUGCAAAAUGGGCGGUUUCCGAAUUUGUAGAUAUUUUAGGUCAAACAGCCUUCAGCACCCUAAAAGUCAUUCCACUGAUUGCUAAGGAAAAUUCUAAAUCAAUUUUUAAAAUUUCCCUUAAAACUACAAUCCCUGAUCCAAGUUAUUUAAUUGCUGAAUUUCCCACUCAUUUCAAUGGCAUAGAUUAUUAUGAUCAAUCACUUGGCAUGGCAUCGCAAACUACUCUCGGAUGUGCUUACAGCGACUCUAGCAAAGUUACUCACCAGGUUAGCUGCUAUAUCAGAUUUGGCCAGAAUAAAGGCUCAUCAGAUACUGACAUCAAUUAUAGGCCAGCCAUUGUUAUUAUUCCAGUAACAUUCACAAGUUCUGAUCAAAUAGAUCUUUUCAUUCCUCAAAUUACCCUUUACUCUAGCUCUGGAUUAACAUCUUAUGUCAGAGUAAGGCUAAUAAAGUUGGAUUCUGAUAAAUGAGACACAUAUGUAUCAGAGGGGGUCAUCUGAUAUGCUCUGACAACCUUCUCAUCAGCAAAUCCAACUACUCCAACCGAAAAUUCAUAUACUUCAAACUUAAACCCCAAAAACACUUGGGCUUCGUCUCAAACAAUUUCACUUACAGUUAGCAGCUCUAAUAUUGUUGCUGGAUCUGAAUUAAUAAUUUUUAAGUUCCCAUACGCAAUUGGAACAAGUGUAAUAAUUUCUGAGUGUCAAUUAAGCUUGAUUUUGGAGCCUUUAUACACCAUUAUUUGUCAGCCGAAAUCAGCAAUUACAUCUUCAGAAACUACCUGACAUUUUACAUCAUGGACCAAUCUGAACUACAAUCCAUUAACCAAUAUUGUUGUUGCCACCUUUAUAAAGGAUCAGGAUGUAAAAUCCGAAGUAACAUUUAGUAAUAAUGAUAAGGAGUAUGAUCCUGAUACUUUUGAUAGUACAACUAGCAUUUCAGCAUAUGAUUCAGUUGAUCUUUCUCAAGGACUUACAAUGAAAUAUAGUCUUACAAUAAAAGUUGGCCAAAAUUACCCUAAAAGUUCUUAUUUCCAAAUCAUUUUUCCAGAUGAGUUUGUUCUUGGAUUUAGAUGUGAUUUUAUAUUCUCAGAUAGCACUAAGUUAAACAAUCAGAAUGGGUUCGGCUCAUGCAAAAAAGAUAACACACAUAACUUUUUCUUAGUAUCAGGAUUUACAUAUAGCCAAGAAACAAUAACAAUUAUACUCCCUGUAACAAAUCCAAAUUCUUCUGGGGGUAAACCAAUCACUUUGAAAUUUUGCCAAGAAGAAACUUGUAGCCACUCAGUCAUGAAUUCAAUUACCAAAGAUAUUACAAUUUCACCUAAGAUUGCUUUAAAGAAAUCUUCAGUAGUUUCUCCUGGACUGCGAGAUUCAAAAGUACCAAUAAGGCAAGGUGAGUAUGGGGAUCUUCAAUUUUCAAUUAAAACUGACUCUAAGCCAAUCACUAAAAAGACUGGAUACAUCACAAUCACCACAGCUGUCGAAGUGUUUGUGACAUCAUCAUCAGAACCAUAUACCUGCCGAGCUCUGUGAAUAAGCAGUUCAACAACAUAUAUGUCCUAUGACUGCAUUUAUAGCCAGAUUACUUCCUCGAGUCCGGCAUAUAACCAAAUCAAAGUGUAUGCUCCAGAAACAACUGAUAUAUCAGCAUCUCAUUAAAAUAUGGCGUCUUCGUCUGGGCAUGGCCUCCCGGCCAUGCAGCCUCGACUCAUAUUUUAAUUAUAUCCGACAAGGUUUUGCAUUUCAGAGAAGGACAGCAAUGCUAGGUAAGCAAUUCUGGUGGAGCUCAGAGCCUAGCCCAAGUCUAAUUUCAGGAAUGUUUUUUCCUCAUGGGGAAGGAGGCACGUGAGUUGGAAAGGGGAAGCUCAGCAGAGUCCGUUAGGACCAUUCGGGCAACUCCUUAGCGUGAAACUGGGCGUUACGUCCCAGGCUUCGUGUUUUUCCUUUUUGCCGAAAGCCUACCAGAAAAUCCAUUUUUUAUGGAUUUUCGGAAUGGCAACCCAUGUCCUCAAGCGAAGUAGCUCAGUCGUGAGCCGUCGAAGUCGGCAACACCUGCGACUAGGUGCACCUUGGCGUAGCAAAGCUGGUCGACCCAGAGGCCGGUGGGCCCGAUGCGCCAUAGGCAGGCGGAAGCUCUGGGAUGGGCAACCCCGUAAGAGACGUUAAGCGUAUAAAUCUAAUAGAAUAGAUAUAUCAGCAUCUCAAGUCUGAAAUGUUGUCGUUACAUCUAUAAAUCCCGAAAAUCAAGGCUUCAAGUUCCAAAAUCCGAGCUCAAACUAUCGUUAUAAGGUAAUGGUGCGGAAUGAUGACUUUUACUACUAUUUCAAGACUGAACUUUUCAUCGCUCCCCCUCAGUUUGCUUCUUGUACUAUUGAGCACUUUGUUAAAGCAAAAAAUACCAUGAAUGGGUUUUACAUAUCAUUCCAGCAGUCACUGGCUCAGGGAAUUGGUUAUACUUCCGGUUCCUCUGAUGGAAAGUCAGAAAUUAUAUUGGAAUUUGAUAGUUCAGUAUGAACCCCAAACCUAGGAACUUCUGUGAGUGCUACGGAUUAUACAGAUGAUUGGGCAAUUACUGAUUGUGCAGGGUUUUCGUCAACCUGCUACUUAAGAAGAGGCCAUUCUAAUACGAAUGCAGAAAUAUGGAUAAGAAAAUAUGACGCUAUAUCUUCUGGAACUUCAAAAAUUGUCAUUUUACCAGUUACGAAUCCAAAUGAUGCUGAAAAGAUAAUUAAUAUCAAAAUGUAUGCAAGACAGUGAACCUCAAGCACAACAUAUGAUUUUCAGUAUCUUUUUUAUCGGGAAUUCAACUAUAUUUAUAUGACUGAAACAGCUCAAAGCCCUCCAAAUUCUCAAACAUCCUUAUCAGUUUCAUAUGAUUCGAAAGCUAUUUCAAGCACUACGAACACUGCAACUUUUACUAUUAAAGGCUCUCAAGAUAUACAAUAUGAUCCUUCGAAUGGAAAAAUUGGUGCUUGCGUUUUAAAAAUGAACAAUAAUUACUUUAGUCUAUCUGGGGUUACAGGCCCUACAGAGACUUAUAUUUUCCCAAUCCAUUCUUAUAUUGCAACAUUUCCGUCAACAGCUUGAAGUUUGGCUUCAUCUCCAACCAAAGACUAUCUCGCUUUUGCCACUCCAGCCUAUGGAGCUCAAGUUUCAUGGAUUGGAUGGAUAUGGUAUAACGGAGCUUACACAGACUCACUGACUUACUCCACUUUUAAUUUGGAUAGAGAAACCACAACUGGCUUGAUCCCAACGCUUCUUGAAGAAGGAACAUAUGGGCCUUAUUCAGGAAGAACAGAUACGUAUACUAUAAAGAUAAAUCCAAUCAAACCAAUCCCUAAAGGAGGUAGCAUUUUAAUUUUGAUCCCAAGCGAGUUCACAGCUCUCAGUACUAAUUGCUGGGUUCAAAAUGGCUUAACAGGAAACUGGAAUUGUCAAGCGUCUUCAAAUCCUCAAAAAUGAAAAAUAACUGGAUUCUCAGCAUACACCGAUUCCACCAACCCUAUAUUUAUUUCUGGAACUUUAACUUCAGCUACAACAUCUACCACAACUGCGAUUACUUCUUUUGAAGUUCAGAUCUAUGGAAUUAAUGGUGACACAAAUACUCUCAUUGAGUCUAACACAGCAAGUCUCUCAGCAUCAUCUAUUUUAAGUGCACCUCAGGCAUUAGCCUCGUCAACCUUCGGCCAGCAAUACAAACCCCAAUACCCUUCAAGACCUGGAGAGUAUUCAGGAAUUAUCUUUGACAUAACGCCUAGAACAAAUGGAUACAGCUUUCAUGACACAAUUGACUUUUAUUUAGAUUCUUCUGCUUCCUUUUUAAGUACUACGUCUUCCAAUCAGUAUCUUCAACUUCAGUGCAUUGUAACUGAUGGAAUCAACUAUGUCCGAGCAGAGAAAUGCACUUCACAUACGACUCCAAACUAUAUCCAAAUAGAAAUUCCUGAACAAAUGACAAUCCCCGCUGCAAGCUCUAGACAGAUUCAAAUUUUAUAUAGAUUUGCUGACUCUGAUAGCAACAAUGGAAUAUUAUUGCCAAGCUCAAUUACUGAAGCCUAUGGAACUUCUUGGUACCUGAAUGCUAACGUGGCCUCUCCUUUAAGUGUGCAAAUGUUCAAGUUCACUCAGCUUUUGUAUGGGGCGAAGAUAUCAUCUUUGUCAAUAAAGCUUGGCCACACAAAUAAAGGCUAUUCAACUUUUCUUGAUAUAGUGAUGACUCUAGCAAGUAGUAUUAGCGCAACUGAUGUUAUCCGUCUUUCUCUCCCUACGUUCAAUGGACUUGACAAGCUUUUUGAUCCAGAUCUCGGCAUUGGGGCACUAACUGGCAAAUCAGUCACCCUUAAUUGUGGCGAAUUUGAGGGAUCUACUCUUCAAGCUGCUAUCUGCAAGUUUACAGUUCCAGAUAUUUCUACUUCUUAUAACCCUGUAAAUAUAGAAAUUACUGGAUUAGCAAUAACCUCAGGAGUGAGCUCAACUAUAAGAAUUGCAAAUAUUAAAAAUCCAACUCUUGAUGCUGAUACAAUAUUUUCACAGGACCUCAAUUGUAUAGCAAAACUAACAAUAGUGAAAGAGUACUUCGACUAUGAUUUGAUUAAAUAUGAUUAUUUUGAUUAAUUAGUUAAGCGGGUCACGGAGGUUUAUUUCAGCCUCUACCCAGCGCUGCCAGCUUCAGGCUUGCGCCCUAUGCACCGGCUCUCUGUUGCUCACUCCAUUUUCUGUCGACGUCACCAAAAAAUGGUGACGUCGCCAUCUGACAGGGAGACUCACCCAGGUACUCCAUUGAUCAGGGUCUAGUGACCCGGCGCCGUCCUUUCUGGGGAGGGGGAAAAGUAGCCUUCCGGAGUCUUCUUCAGGUCCCCAAGCUCCACUACAAGCUUCCUCACUUCCUUCUAGUCCUGAAGUGUGACUCCUGAUUCUGCGGCUCUGGUCUACUCGUCUUUGUGAGAGGCAAAAAACCUUGUCGUGGUGUCCCGACCAAGGUAAAAAACCCACCCUGGACACAAUAUCCAGGCCCCGUUUACUUCUUAAACCCGUAUUCCAAGAGGGUACGGGAGAAGGACGGGUCGGAUGGCUCGCCAUUUUAAUUGUGAUUAAAUAUGAAGAUGAUGUAUUUUUAUAUAAAAGCUUGAGCACUUUUUCUCCAGCUUCGAUAUCAGAUUCAACUGCAACUUCUUCAACAACUCUAACUUUAACUGACUUUGCCAGUAAUGGAAUUGUCAUUACUCUUUCUUCGCCUUCAGGCACUGUUGAUGCUGCAGGUGGCUCAUAUAUUCUAAUGAUGGACUCUGCAUUCGAUUUGCCAGCAUUUGCAGGAGAUAAAGUGGCAGGGAGCUGUGAUGGUUCUGCUACAUGCAAAUCAUUAUCUUUCGGAUCCUCUCAAUGAAUAACAACUGAUAUCACCUUAUCUGCUACAUAUAAUCUUAAUGGAAAAACACUUACUUUAAACUCGAACACAGGCUUUAUUUCUGCAAAUUAUCAUCAAAAUUCGCAAUACACUCUAACUCUAUACGUUAUCUCCAAGCAAGUAUUGAUCGAAAUUCAUACCAUAAAGUUAGAUUCCUUCAAUCCUCGAGCUCCCACCAGCGUGACAAUAACAAACCAGCAAGGAUCCACAAUCCCUAAAAACUACUACGAUAUUUAUACAAUCGAUAUUCUUCCAGUUUCUUCAAGCUCUCCUUUAAAAAGAGUUGACAUCAUUUUCCCUUCCUCUUUUCAGUUCAUAGACUACCAAUGCAGAUCUUAUUCAGGAGUAACCACAAUAGCAACUCCGCCUUUAUCAUGCAAAAGUGAUUGCACGUCAACAUCUUGUGCAAGCAAACAUGUGAUUUUGACAAACUUUAAUUAUGAUAACGCAUCUCAUAUAAAAGUCUCUAUAGGUGCUUUAUCUUCAAGUACUGCUGGGCCUGCAGGGAAUUUAGAAGUGCGCUUAUAUGACUCAACCGAUACAAGCUUAUUUGCACAGGAAGAUACUUCUCAGUCUUUUGGGACAGUUCAAAGCUAUUCUAGUACUUAUGACUUUUGGGUUGAUUGAGUGACAACUGAUCUUUAUUCAAGAAAAAUCAGAGCAGGAGAAAUAGGAGAUAUAUAUUUAAGGAUCCAGCCUCACAUUGAUUUGCCGAUGGGCACAACGUUAUAUAUCAGUUUUCCAGCUGGUUUUGGACCUGCAGGUGGCAAUCCAUAUUGUGUAAUUGGAGAAGGAGAUUUAUACUAUAAUAAUUUUCCUCUAUAUUGAAGCCGAAACUACACUCAUCCUGUUUCCAAGUCCUGCACAUGAAAGCAAAAUAUAUUAGAAGUUUUGCUGCAAUCAGAGGAUACCAGUGAGUUUUCUGGGUUUUUCAAAAAUCAGUGUGCGUUUCUACAAUUAACAACAACAGGGCAGACUGUGAAUGGGUUCAGAGUUCCAGAUUCCCCAGGAUAUUAUCAACUAGAGGCCUACGCUAUGUAUGAUAACAGCCUUAUUGAAAUUUCAUUUCCAUCAUUAUAUAUCUCGCCUUCGUCAACUUUUGCAGACCUAUCAAUUUCUUUAACGAAUUUAGAAACGAAUUAUCCGACUGUCCUCAAGGUUUCUUUCACAACAUCGCAAUAUAUUCCGCCUGGAUAUCCAAAUACUGUUAAAAACGAAGCAGGACCACAAGGGACUAUACAAAUAAAUUUCGAAAUUUUCCAAAGCUUUUCAGAUAACUUAGGGUACUAUUCCACUGGAAAUUCUGUUCCUUGCGCUAAGAUCCUAGGAAUCCUUCCGAAAGAAGGUGAAAGCCUAAAGUGUAUUUUUACGAAGGGAGACUCAACUCUAACCAGACCAUCCAAUUCGUAUAUAUCGAUCACCAAUUUCCAAGAAAUUCAGGCAAACACACUUAUAGAGAUCCAUUUCUCUAAAAUUAAAAAUGGAGCAACUGACGCUUACAAGCCAACGGUUGGCGUUGGGAUAUAUCAAACGUACUCAGAUGGAACAAUCGUUUGAAUCUAUGAUAUAUCUUAUAAGACUCUUUCAGCUAUUUCUACUACAACCCAAACCUCUAAUCUAGCCCAAACCUUAUCUCUAUCACAAAAUACAGUCGGAGCAACAUGCACAGCAACCUUAAGUUUCAAUAUUUUAACUGCGCUGAGUGCAAAUGAUUUAAUUACCAUCACUUUCCCAUCAGUUUACCCUAUCCCAGACUCUGGCUUGACUGUGAAUAUAAAGAAAGGAGCAUCAAACAUUUUAUCUAGUCUUUCAUAUAACUUAUAUCCACAGACAGGCAUAAUAGUUAUAUAUUUAGGUGCAAGCUCUCUUGCUGCAGAUUCCUAUUCUAUUGAACUGCAAAACAUGAAAAAUCCUGCAUCAGUUUUUACUUGUUCCAGCUGCUAUGUGAACUACUAUACAGUAAAAUCAAAUAAUGUUGCAGAAGUUUUUACUACUUCAGCCAUUUCAACUAAUCCUGGACUGGCAGCUCAAACGGCGGCAAUUUCAGUGCUUACUUUAUCAGACUACUCUGCUAGCGCAGUCUAUGUCCAGCUUGCAAUGACUGUUGUCCCAAGCAUUUCCAUUCCUAAAGGAGGAUAUCUUCAAGUUUACAUGCCUGCAGAGUUUCCAAGAUUUAGUGAUAGCAGCCCAGUUCCUAUUUGUUCAUCAAUAUAUCAAUGCACUGUCUAUGACAGAGUGAUUCAGGUAUCUGGGUUUACUUCUGACUAUAGUGGAAAUAUAGAUAUCACUGUAACUGGAAUGAAAAACCCAAGCAAGACUGGAGCCACUUCAACAGGAUCGCAAGGCUUCAAAAUUUAUGCUUAUGACUCAAAUAACUUUUUAGUCAUUUUCAGCCAAUUAACAAAUAGAGUCACAAUUUCAAGCAAAGUUUCUGAGCCAAGCUCACAGUUUACAGUAAAAGCUCGAUUUAAAGCAAUCGGUGUGUCAGAUACUUAUACGUUUAAUAUAUUUAUGCCUGUCAUGCUUCAAGUUGGGACUCAAGUAGUGCUUGGAUUUCCCGACUCUUAUUCUCUAAGUUCAUCCAUAAGCUGUUCAUCAGACUUUCUGUCCACUUGCUCUGCUCAAAAUUCUAAGGUGACACUCACAACGCUUGAAACUGUGGCUCUUUAUAGCACAGUUAAUAUUUAUUUAUCAAAUGUUAUCAACCCGACCAUCACAAUCGACCAAGGAUCAACUAGUAAAACAGUAAGCCCAUUUUAUGCAAACAUUUAUUAUGAUCAAUCCCUAAUUGCAAGGUCUGAUAAUAGCAGUAUGCAAAUUUAUCAAAAGCCUGCAAAUGCUAUAGUUACUAAUUGAACUUAUUACCCUACAAAUAGUGGCGAACAAGCCUAUUACACCUUUAAGAUCAAAACUGAUAUUAGCUUAACUAAAAGUAACAGCAUUGGACUUAUAAUUAGGUUCCCAGAAGAAUACGCUGAUGGUCUAGUCCCUAAUGAUGUCAAAUUCUUAUGCAGCUCUUCAGGGACAUUUACAAACUGCAAUUUGAAUGGAAACAGAGAAGUCAGUUUUAGCAUUCUAAACUACAACCUCACUGAGAAUAGAGAAAUCGCUAUCAGCAUGUAUGGAAUUGGAAAUCCAUCUGCAGGGCUUACAAGCUAUUUGGAAAUUUUUGUAAUUGACAAUACUGCAGGUAUAUAAUUAAAUAUGGCGUCUUCGUCUGGGCAUGGCCUCCCGGCCAUGCAGCCUCGACUCAUAUUUUAAUUAUAUCCGGCAAAGUUUUACCAUUCUAGAGAUGGACAGCAAUACUAGGUAAGCAAUUCUGGUGGUGUUCAGAGCCUAGUCCUAGUCUAUUCUCAGGGGUGGAUUUUUCCUCGUGGGGAAGGAGGGCAUGGAGUUGGAAAGGGGAAGCUCAGCAAAGUCUUUAGGACCAAUCGGGCAAUUCCCUAGCGUGAAACUGGGCGUUACGUCCCAGGCUACGUUCUUUUCUUUUUUGCCGAUAGCCGACCAGAAAAAUCCAUUUUUUGGAGUUUUUUCGGAAAAAGCAACCCCAUGUAUCAAGCAAGUAGCUCAUCCAUGAGCCGUCGAAGCCGGAACACUUUACCGAGAAGCAUCCUGGUGAUCGAAGCAGGCCAUCCCCAACGACCUGUGGGCCCGAUGCGACGCAAGGCGAGUGAUAGUACCUGGGUUGUCACACCCCGUAGUGGACGUUAAGCGUUAUAAAUUCUAUAAGAUAAGAUAAGACAAUACUGCAGGUGUCGCCUUAGGCGAUUCAGGAAAUGCGUUAGUCUUUAAUAUAACGCGCGCUGCUGAUAUUGUUCCUCUCAACUCAAUAGACGCAGAACAAUCAAUUCUAAAUACUUUGACCUCCUAUACUUUUUCAAUUGACUUAUCUGGUAAAACUGUUUUGGCGACUGAUGUAGUGUGGAUUGAUUGGCCGACAGAAAUAUCAAGAAUCUUUACUCAAACGACUUGCACUGCAGAUAUGGUCUAUUCUUCUACAACUUACAAGCUAGAUUGUAAACUUUUAGCAUAUACUGGGUAUACCAGGACUGAAAUAUCAAAUCUUCCUAGUCUUCAAAGCCCAAGCACAAUUGUAAAUCUUACUCUGUUUAACAUCCCCACUCCAAACUCAGCAGGAGUCACAGAAAGGUUCUAUCUGAGAUUUGCUGAUUCUACACAUGUAAAAUACCGAUCUUUUCCUAUGCUUACCCAAAUCCCAUCUUUAAGCUUCAGCAACAGCAGCUAUAGCAUUUCAUCUCCUACAAGUGUCUCUGUUCUCCAAGGCACUUACUCAGAUUUUCUUUCUGUAACCCUUCAGCUUCCGUCAUAUACCACACUAAGUCUUACCUUAUCCACUACAAAUUCCCAAUUAAAGCUAUCACCAUCAAAGAUAUCUAUGCAAUAUGCCUGGGAUACAGCUAAAACUUUCAGAAUUGGAGCUCUGUCUAGUCUUAACUCUGGCUAUUACACGCUUUCUUGGCAAAUUGAAGCAGAUUCUACGAACUCCGCUACUUAUUAUACUCCAAAGGAUAUCAUUGUGAAUGUGCUGCCACAAACUCAAACUUAUAAGAUCUCUAUAGAUAAUAUUGGGGAUUUACCUAUUAAUGGAACAACAGUGCCUAUCAAUGUUGAACUAGAGCGCCCUGUUGCUGACUACCUAAUAGUUUCUGUGUCUGCUGACUUUCUCUCUCAGUGAGCGAACAAAAAAAUUUUUGAUCUGACCAAAAUUUACUUAAUCAGACAAAAAAGGCCGUCCCCGUUGACAAAUCAUAACCAUUAUUGGGCUAGUUACAGGGAAAACAUACAAAUUUUAUAGUAAAUUUAUUUAAAAAUUUGAAAGUGAAAAUUAAUUUAAUUUCAAAAUUUAUGUUUUUAAAGUUUAAGCUGAUUAAAAUUCAUAGAAUUAGCUAGAAAUUUCUUUAUAGUAACUGAUACUUAAUAUCAUAAAUUUUUUCAGAAAAAAUUUCAUAUUUAAAAUAAAUAUUUUGUUCAUCACCGAAGAGGGAGUGAGGAUUCACCAGAUUCUUUUAUUUUUGACCCAUUUAAUUUAGCUUUCAAUGACGGAGAGUAUAAAAAAUCAUUCACAAUUACAGCAAAGCCUGGAGCAGUUUCUACCUUUAUUGACUUUAAAAUAAGUGGGCCAUCUUCUUCAUGCUUCUAUUUACAAAAAUCGAAAACUGUGUUAGCCAUUGCUUCAUCUUCAACAGAAGUCCCUGAAAUCUUAAGUGCUAGCAUGACUAAAAUAGGAAGGGUUAAUGCCGAAGCCAAAGUUUCGUUAAGUCAAUAUGGCACAGUUUAUUAUAUGCUGACCCAUCCAGGCUCAGCAGUUCCAAACGUAACUAGUAUAAUCAAGAAAGUAAGAGUAAAUAAUGAUGAUUAUCAAGCAUUUGGAUCCUCUUUUACCUCUCCUCAACUUAUAAGCUCCAUGAUAUCAAUUCCAGACCUUCGCGACAAUACUAAUUAUAUGAUAUCAUUUGCUGCUGUGGGCCUCAAUGGAAUUGCUUCCAAAUCCAUAAAAACUUUAUAUUUCACAACCUCGGCUUCUUACAAGCCAGCCAAAUUUAACGUUUACACGACAUCUUUAUCUUCUCCAUCCAAAGUGAUUGAUGCUGUGUCUAGAACACUUGCUUUGCCAGCCUCUUUAUUCUAUCAUACAGGAAUUGAUCCAGCAUCGUAUGAUAUAUUCAAUAGAAGAUUGACCAGCAUUUUAUACUAUGAAAUCACAAUGGUGGCUAAUAGAAGCUUAGACAUGCAAUCCCCAUUGAGCUAUGUCCAAACUUUGGAUAACAAUUUAGAUUUACUGAAAAACCACUUGCCUAAUCUUGAUACAAACUAUUCAGUUACUUCUAAUGCAUUGGAAGUUACGUAUAAGGCUCCAUUAUUUUCUAUAUCUCCAAGCCUUGUUUAUAAUAGCUCAGAUACAUAUAAGUUCAAUGUAAAACUUAACGGCUUGGGGAAAAUUUAUGUUAUUGGACUUCCUUUAGGAGAGGCAAUGCCAAAUUCAUGGCAAAUCUCAAAUGGUUUUAACUCAACAAACAACAAAGUGGACAUUUCCCAAGAUAUAGAUAUUUCAACAAUAAACGCAGUUAACAUUACUUUCCAGAAUGCUACUAAUGGAAACUAUGAAUUUUGGUUUACGGGAGCAAAUAAUAGACCUUUGGAUCCUGACUUAAUGGCUGAUAGCAACAUUCAAAGUAUAAUUUGUCUUGCGGAGAAGAAAAGACCUACCCUUGUUCUUAUUAAAGAUGCAGCUUUUGAAUUAUCAAUCGUCUGGGCUGCAGCUUUGGUCUUUAUUUAA